AUGGCUGAGCAAAGCGGUGCGUCCGGCGACGCCGAGCGCGGCACUGCGCCCUCUCGCGUCUCCGUUUCGGAGGGUCGCUCAUCAAGACGGGUGUCCCGCGUUUCCUACAAGGAGGACUACGCCAAUCUCGAUGAGUACGGCAAGCUCGUCAAGUAUGCCUCAACCUUCCGCGAGGCGGGUGGCCAGCGCAGCGAAGAGAACGUCGAGAUGAGACGGGUGUGGUAUGCGCCCUGGAAGAAGCGCAAGGUCAUCGUCAAAUCCGAUUCCACCGACGGCAUUCAGUUCCCGGAGGAUUGGCUUCUGACCGACAUCCGCCAAGGUCUGCCUAGCUCCGAAGUCCCCGUUCGGCGUCGUCGCGCAGGAUGGAACGAGCUGGUGUCGGAGAAGACAAACCCGAUCGCUCAAAUCUUGGGCUACUUCCGUGGCCCCAUUCUCUACGUUAUGGAACUGGCUGUUCUGCUUGCUGCGGGUCUGCAGGACUGGAUCGAUUUCGGUGUCAUCAUCGGUAUCCUGUGCCUGAACGCCGCCGUCGGUUGGUAUCAAGAGAAGCAAGCUGCGGAUGUCGUCGCUAGUCUCAAGGGUGACAUCGCAAUGAGAGCAAUCGUUAUUCGUGACGGCCAGCAACAGGAGAUCCUGGCCCGAGAACUGGUGCCGGGUGACGUGAUCAUUAUUGGUGAGGGUCAGGUUGUGCCUGCUGAUUCCCGAGUCAUUUGCGACUACAACGAUCCCAACGGAUGGGAAGAGUUCCAGACCAUGCAGGCUCAGGGUGAUCUCAGUAGCACUUCGGAAUCGGACAUCGAUGAGCCCGAGGGCGAAGGCAAUGACGACGCGGCGGCCGUCGCCGACGAGAAGCAGGAGGAAGCCCAGGAGACCCCGACCCCCGCUCGGAAGCGUGGAUAUCCCAUUUUGGCUUGCGAUCAUUCGGCCAUCACUGGAGAAUCUCUCGCUGUCGAUCGUUAUAUGGGUGGAAUGAUCUACUAUACGACCGGAUGUAAGCGCGGUAAGGCUUAUGCGGUGGUCCAGACCGGCGCAAAGACAUCUUUCGUCGGUAAGACGGCCAGCAUGGUAUUGUCCGCUCGCGGCGCUGGACAUUUUGAAAUUGUCAUGGAUAACAUCGGUACCUCCCUGCUGAUCAUCGUCAUGGCAUGGAUUUUGGCUGCUUGGAUUGGAGGUUUCUUCCGCCAUCUGCCAAUUGCCUCGCCUCGUCAGCAGACCCUGCUGCACUACACUUUGGCCCUACUCAUUGUCGGUGUUCCUGUCGGUCUCCCCGUGGUCACCACUACCACCAUGGCUGUUGGCGCAGCUUAUUUGGCAAAGAAGAAGGCCAUUGUGCAGAAGCUCACUGCAAUUGAGUCGUUGGCGGGUGUCGAUAUCCUGUGUUCCGACAAAACGGGUACGCUUACUGCCAAUAAGUUGAGCAUUCGCGAACCAUAUGUCGCCGAAGGUGUUGAUGUCGAUUGGAUGUUUGCCGUGGCUGCCCUGGCCUCGUCUCACAAUAUUGACUCGCUGGAUCCUAUCGACAAAGUCACUAUCCUGACUCUGCGUCAAUAUCCUAAGGCACGCGAAAUUCUCCGUCGAGGAUGGAAGACGGAGAAAUUCACCCCCUUCGACCCCGUAUCUAAGCGUAUCGUCACGGUAGCCACUUGUGAUGGGAUCAGAUACACCUGUACCAAGGGUGCACCGAAGGCUGUACUUGCUCUUACGAACUGCUCUAAGGAGACUGCCGACCACUACAAGAAGAAGGCCCAGGAAUUUGCUCACCGAGGCUUCCGCUCUCUAGGCGUCGCCGUGAGGAAGGAGGGAGAAGACUGGACCCUCCUUGGUAUGCUUCCGAUGUUCGACCCGCCUCGCGAAGAUACCGCACAGACAAUCAACGAAGCACAACAGCUCGGGAUCAGCGUUAAAAUGCUUACUGGUGAUGCAAUCGCCAUUGCAAAGGAGACCUGCAAGAUGUUGGCCUUGGGUACCAAGGUGUAUAACUCUGACAAGCUGAUUCAUGGCGGCCUGAGCGGCGCUAUGGCUAGCGAUUUGGUCGAAAAGGCAGACGGUUUCGCAGAGGUCUUCCCGGAACAUAAAUACCAGGUGGUGCAAAUGCUCCAGGAACGCGGUCAUCUCACCGCAAUGACUGGCGAUGGUGUCAACGAUGCGCCGUCCUUGAAGAAGGCGGACUGUGGUAUUGCCGUGGAGGGUGCCACUGAAGCCGCACAAUCGGCCUCGGACAUUGUCUUCUUGGAACCCGGCUUGUCUACGAUUAUUGACUCCAUCAAGGUGGCACGUCAAAUUUUCCACCGCAUGAAGGCCUAUAUUCAGUACCGUAUUGCACUUUGCUUGCACCUGGAGAUCUACUUGGUGACGUCGAUGAUCAUUAUCAAUGAGAGCAUUCGCGUCGAGCUUAUCGUCUUCCUCGCCCUCUUUGCCGAUUUGGCAACCGUGGCGGUGGCGUACGACAAUGCCUCGUUCGAACUGCGACCUGUGCAAUGGCAACUGCCGAAGAUCUGGUUCAUUUCGGUCCUGCUGGGCAUCCUCCUCGCACUGGGCACCUGGGUGGUUCGCGGCUCGAUGUUCCUGCCGUCCGGAGGUAUCAUUCAGAACUGGGGUUCCAUCCAGGAAGUCCUGUUCCUCGAAGUCGCGCUUACCGAGAACUGGCUCAUUUUCGUCACGCGGGGUGCUGACACCUGGCCGUCCAUCCACCUGGUCACCGCCAUCCUGGGCGUGGACAUCCUGGCCACAAUCUUCUGUCUCUUUGGAUGGUUCUCCAACGAGACCAUGCCCACGAAUCCCGCUACCUCCUUUGUGGAGACCACUAACGGCUGGACGGACAUCGUCACUGUGGUGCGUGUGUGGGGUUACUCUCUCGGUGUGGAGAUCGUCAUCGCGCUGGUCUACUUCAUGCUCAACAAGUUCAAGUGGCUGGAUGACUUGGGCCGGACCAAGCGCGACAAGGGCGACCUCAAGAUCGAGAACCUGCUCGGUCACCUGGCUCGUCUGACUGUCGAGUACGAGCAACCCGGCCAGCCCCCUGGUCGCUUCUUCCUGGCUGCCAGCAAGGAGGAAGAGGAUGUCGAGUAA